AUGGCCGACGACCGUAACAACACACAGAGCCGCUGUGUCCUCGCCGCCUUCCCAACCCGCGUCCCGACAACACCCGUACUCCGAGGGCAUCGCCGACGACGUCUGACCCGGUUGAUGGAUAAGUGGAAGAGUAGGGUCGGCAUGCGCGGUGUGUUUUUCGUGAUGGUGCGCGCGCGCGGUGUUUUCGGAUCAAUGAUAAAAAUAAAAUACGACGAUUACGGCGGUGACUUCCGGCGCAUGCGCGUCCUGGAAGUUCCCUCUCACGUACGAGUUUUAGAAGAUACGUCACGCGCGCGUCGAGCUCCAGAGAAGCCGGUUGUUCAUUGGCCGUGUCGCUGA